AUGGAUUGGCUAUCUCAGCAUUAUGCUAAGAUAGAUUGUCGAAGGAAUGAGGUGUCGUUUGACUUGCCUGCUAAGGAUAAAAUCUAUUAUUUGGGAGAACGGGUCGAGUUAGCUCCAUUGGUAGUCUCAACUUGCCAAAUUAAGAGGAAUUUAAGGGAAGGAGCUACAGCUUAUCUUUUGGUCAUGACUAGUGAAACAAAAGAACUUAAAGGAGCACAAGGAAUACCAGUUAUAGAAGACUUCCCCAGGGUAUUUGCUGAUGAAUUACCUGGAUUGCCCCAAGAUCGAGAAAAGGAGUUCACAAUAGAGUUAAAGUCAGAAACGGCCCCGAUGCAUAAGGUGUUGUAUAGGAUGGCUCUGACGGAAUUGAAGGAACUAAAGGACCAAAUUGAAGAACUUUUGGAGAAGAGAUUCAUUUAA